AUGGACUAUGAAACAAGGUACACUUCGUUGGAGAAAACCUACUGGGGGCUAGUAUGGCCCACAAAGAAACUAAGGCACUACCUAUUAGCACAUCUGGUAGUCCUGGUUUCUCUUUUAGACCCAAUAAAAUAUCUUUUCGAGAAGCCAGCACUUAUUGGAAAGCUGACUAGAUGGUUGUUGCUAGCAGAGUUUGACCACAAGUACAUGACAAGGAAAUCAGUGAAAGGAAGGGCUGUGGCAGAAUUCUUGGCAGAUCAUCCUAUGACAGAGGCCAAAGUAGAAGACUUCAUGUUCCUAGAUGAAGACAUCUUAUUUCUCCUAGGCGAAACCUGGCAGCUUUAUUUUGAUGGAACAUCAAUCCAAUGUGGAUAUGGCAUAGGGGUAUUGCUAGUUUCCCCAAAUGACUUUCAUAUUCCUCUGUCAUAUAAAUUAAGGUUUGAAGUCACCAGCAACCAAGCUGAGUACGAAGCCUGCAUAGCUGGAAUGGAUGCAGCCUUGGAACUAGGGGCAAAAAGGGUAGAAGUCAUUGGAGAAUUGAACCUAGUGGUGUCCCAACAAAGAGGAGACUGGAAGGUUAAAGAAAACACGCAAAAAUUGUACCACUCUAUGCUAGAAGCUCUAAUUCCACAAUUCGGCUCUCCGCUAAUGAUCAAGCAAAAGGUCAAGCCAACAUGUGAGUGCACUUUCACUAAGGAAGGUGAGGAUGAUGGAAAACCAUGGUAUGAGGACGUGAAGAAAUUCUUGGAAGAGGGAGAGUAUUCCUCCGAAGCUACCUCAAAGGAUAAGAUGGCUCUACGAAAGUUCGCCGCCUGA